AAACCUGAUACACACACAGAGAGACAGAGGCUGCAACUCGGUGUGUACAUCAUGAGCAUGCACACGUGUGUGCACCCGUCCCUUGUUCGAAUGUUCAUGUUUUUCUUUCUGUCAGACUUCCUUUGAUCAAUGGACUGACCAACAAUCCUGUGACAAAGUGAUAGAUUUGGAUGCAUCUUUGGAUAACCAUCUGUCUCAGGGAAUCGGCAACGUUGAUCCUGGUGUGAACUAGGAAUCUGCUUAAUUGUCCAGUGUGACUGACCACCGGUGUACAUCUGACCACUGGGACCAGGCGGUGACCCUCUUGUGUAAGGACCUGUGUCCUGUCCCAACAGCACGUUCAAUUCAGUGUGUAUCCUGCCUGUGAGGAUAGGCCGGCCGGCAGCUGGCCAGUAUUUCAUCAUGUGUUCCUGGUUGAAGCAGCACCUGAUUGUUAAACCUGUGUGCUAACGUCACACAUCUGCAGUGGGCAGGGAUUACCGCUAAUCUAACUCCAUGUCUCAAUGAUCUCAACUGGAGGAGCACACUGACACUCAAUAGGCAGCAAUAUUCUAUUCUGUGAGCAAAGGACCAAAGGUGAUUAGUUGCAUCAUACAUUCUAUCAUCCACAUCAGAACCGACCUGAGAGACACGUGUUUAAAUGUACAUUCAUUAAGUCUGUAAAAAACAUUCACUGAACAAAAAAAAGGGAAGAUAAGGCUCAGCCAUUCUAGGCCUGCAACCCUGCACGUACACAACAUUAAUAUCCGUAAUAGAAGGCUGGAUCCUGUCAUUGAUCUGUGAGGCUGUUCAUCCUCUCAACGUUACUGCCUCCGACAUUUGCGCUCAAGUGAAAUUCUCUCCAUUAUAAGUAUUCUACCUGGGGGUUGACCUACAUGUGUCUCAGUCUGAGACAAAACUAAGUUCAGCAGCAAGGUCAUCACUGAGUCAGAGUGCAUUCCUGACAGAAGUUUGCAUCAGCAGCCAGAUGGGAACAGAUCAAAGUUCGAAAAAUAUGAAGGACUCCUGUACCCCCUGUCAUUACAACAAAGUUCCCCAGCACAAGAUGUCGAACGGAAAAGCAUCCGGAGAUGCGAGGUAUCGCGGAGUGCCAAAGGACAGUGACUGCAAUGGCACUGUUGUUGUGGAGGAGAGUACGGUGUCCCUGAAGAAGCGAGUCGGUCUUGUUAGUGGGACUGCGCUAAUUGUUGGAACCAUGAUUGGAUCUGGUAUAUUUAUAUCACCAAAGGGAGUAUUACAUGGCACAGGCUCCGUGGGAUUGAGUUUGAUGGUGUGGGGUGGAUGUGGCCUCAUCUCGCUGUGUGGUGCUCUGUCCUAUGCCGAGCUAGGGACCCUUUUUACAAAGUCAGGAGGCGAAUAUGCCUACCUUGCGGCCGCCUUUGGGCCAAAACCAGCAUAUCUUUGUGCCUGGGCUCCCGUGUUAGUCACGAAAACCCAGUUCAGUGGCUAUCAUCAGUCUGGCUUUAGCUGAAUAUCUUUCUGAGCCUUUAUUCGAUGCCUGUGGACCUCCCGACAUUAUAAAAAAGUUACUGGCUGCUGCAGCCAUAUGAGCCCUGACAUACGCCGAGCUUGGUACGAUGAUCACCAAGUCGGGAGCGGAGUAUGCCUACAUCCUGGAAGCAUCUCGCUCAUCUAUGCCCCCGUGGCUUGCUCCCGUGCCUGGCUUCCUGUUUGCCUGGGUGUCCAUUCUCAUCCUGAAACCUGCACUGUUUGGAGUUGUGGCCCUUAGCUUUGGCAUCUACGUAGCGGAGCCAUUCUACGAUGGCUGCAGUCCACCUGGCUACCUAGUGAAGCUCAUCUCCAUCCUGUGUAUGAUGGUAGUGUCCUUCAUCAACUGCUACAGUGUGGAGUGGGCAACUAAGGUCCAGAAUUUCUUUACAUUCACCAAGCUGCUGGCUCUCGUGAUGAUCAUAGUUGGAGGAUUUUACAAAAUGUCAAAAGGAAACACAGAGUUUCUGUCGGAGGGCUUUGAGGACACAGUCAAGUCUCCAUCACUUAUAGCGCUGGCGUUUUAUGAUGGCCUCUGGGCCUAUGAUGGAUGGAACAACUUGAAUUACAUCACGGAGGAACUUAUCGACCCUAAUGUAAACCUGCCACGCUCUAUCAUCAUCGGAAUCCCCCUGGUGACGAUUUGCUACCUGCUGACCAAUGUGGCGUACCUCAGCAUCAUGUCCAAGGAGGAGCUGUUGGCCUCAGAUGCUGUAGCAGCGACGUGGGGAGGCCGAGUGCUGGGCCCGGCCGCAGUACUGAUACCUAUAUUUGUUGCGUGUUCCACAUUCGGGGCAGCCAAUGGGUCCUGCUUCACAGGAGGAAGGUUGGUGUACUCGGCUGCACGCGAGGGCCAUCUACCAGAGAUCCUCUCCUAUGUACACAUCAGACAGUAUACACCUCUACCGUCACUAGUCUUUACUACUCUCAUUGCUAUAUUGAUGAUCAUUCCGGGUGACAUCUUCAGCCUCAUAGACUUCUUCAGCUUCACAGCCUGGCUGUUCUAUGGAGCCACAAUGGCGUCACUCAUUAUUCUCAGAUUUACACAGAAAGACAGAGUCCGACCAUAUAAGGUUCCUAUAAUAGUCCCGAUCAUCACAUUGUGCAUCUCCGUGUAUCUGGUGAUAGCACCGAUAGUACAGAAUCCCAGGAUAGAGUUCUUCUACGCCUUCAUGUUCAUCCUUGGAGGGCUUGUGUUCUAUGUACCCUUUGUUCACUUCAAACUCAAAAUCAGAUGUUUAGACCGAGUGACAACAUUUCUUCAAAUGGUGAUGGAGGUUGCUCCGAGCAAGUACGAACCAGCGGAAUAACAGAUGUCCUUUGUGUAUACUGACAUGUUGUACUUCCUGUAUAUAUCUGUACAUUGUAAUAGACUUGUGACUACUAGCAGCACACUUCUGACAGAGUGUGACUUAGCAGUUCCAGAUUCCUGAUGUAACUGCUUUAUGAAUCUUGAAUCUUCUCCAUCUGUAAUUCAUUGUUAGUGUCCAGAAGGAAACUACAGCAUUAUGAUAGCUUUGGAAUUUGGAAUGUCCAUGUUUGUCCUUGUCCUGUUCUUAGGGGAGAUUGUACCCUCAUCUUUACCAAUAGGACCUCAUCCUACACUGAGAAGGCACCAUAGGGUUCAACCCAGUGUUGUUGUAUGAAGCUUGUACAUCAUAGUUUUAAUUAUGGAAGUUUUAGAAAUGGGGUGUAAUAUGGUAGCUUAUGCCAAAGAGUUAACCUUUAUUAAAGAUGGAUCAGAUGUGCCAUAUUGCUGUAGUAGUGCAUUUGUAUGUUGUUGGCACUGAUAGGGGAAUAAUGCGCUCAGUAAAAGUCUUUAGGAGUAGUCCAUGCUGGAGAGUGAAGCACCAAGCACUGGCUGUGCAGGGUUGUUUGUGCCACGUGAAGAGUUGCACGCUGGUUGUUGGGAGUUGCUGGCGCCAAUGGAGAAGUUGGCAGCAAUGGAAGAUUGAAGAGAUGGGCCAUAGGUGCAUGUUGUAUGGAGUCAUUUCUGCCACUGGUGGUGUGGAUCCUUGGAGCAAGGUGUAUGGACUUGCACCCUGGGUCAAAGUUGUAUGGAGUCAUUUCUGCUGCUGGUGGUGUUGCAUGCUCGUGCAAGCUGUAUGGAGUUGCACCCUGGGUCAAGUUGUACGGAGUUAUUUCUGCCACUGAUGGUGGUGCACGCUGGUGCAAGCUGUACAGACUUCUCGCAAAUGGUUAGGUGUGCCCGAGGUGCAAGCUGUAUGGAACUGCUGGUGCCAAAGGUUAAGUUGCAGCUUUGGUGCAAGUUGCAUUGAGUUGUUGGUGCUGACUUUGGACAUUUUUCCUCUAUGCAAUUUGCAUGGAGUUGUUGGCGCCAAUGGUUGACACGUGCCCUGUGCGCAUGUUGUAGUUGAGCUUUUCAUUGAAACAUCUUCCAGUACAGAGAGCAGUUCUAAUAUUUUGAUCAGUGAAGUAUUUUUAUGAAUAUAUUUUUCCUUUUUAUCUGUAAUAAAAUGUGAAGUUGAACAAAUCAAAUGCUAUAUAUUUCUUCCUGAGAGAUAAGUCAUACACAAUGUAUUAUUCCAAACUGUCAAACUGUCUUAAUGUCAGGGUCGUCACUGUGAAAUGGCCAGUAGAUUUCUACCAUUCAGGUUCAUGGAUCUAUAACCAUGAUAACCCUGUGUUUAUUGUCGUUAUCCCUUGUCAGACUGAUCAGUCUCUGUCCUCUCUCUUGAACAUUUAUCGAUGCAUAUCAAUAUUCUUCUCAAUGAUAUGAUACAUAUGAUACACUUACCUAAUAAUUCUGUAUCAAUAUGUAUUGCUUAUUAAUCAUCAUAACAUCGGAUGGUCUUCAUAUUGGUACUACUUGCAGGGAAACUUUUGAUAUUGAAUCAGAUAGGCCCCAUGAACCUUUUCCUGCAACUCUACAGUAAUCACCAGUUUAGCUUUAUCAUAUCAAGUCUAAUAUGCAGUCUGAUCAUGCAUGUACAUUGUCUUAAAUUUGAUUUCAUAUUGAAGAAUAAUUCGGUCUUGUUUUACUAUUAAAUAUGGAUAAAUUCAUGCACUGUUGACUUGGGUUGUAAACUGGCAAAAAGAUUGUACACAGGUAUCUGUUUUGUAAUAGGUAUAGAGAUAUAUUUGGAGCUGAAGUGUUUGACACUGAUUGUACAUGCAGAUCCAAUUGCAGCAAUGUCAAAGUCUGCAUGGUCAGUGGCUGCCAUCUUGUUGUCAUGGAUACAGGGGAGAUAACAACAUGAGAGAAAAAUCUGCUGUUUUGUCAAUCAGUUUCAAAGCGAAACAUCAUCUGGGAAUGGAUUUCUGUGUAGAUUUUAGUUGAUACAAAGAAUAAUCUAACUUGUAAUAUUUAUUUUACCCAGUAUGAAAAUAUUGCCAUACAAAUCGUUUGAAAAGUGUAUUGAAGUGUACUGGUAUACCAGUAUCACUGUGCAGUCCUACUGUUACCAAGCUAAUGAAUGGUAUUGUGGCUUCAGGCAUUGUUUCAGCUGUAUAAAUCCUGUGUUAUGUUGAUCUCAUGGUAGAUCUAGCUGGUGAUGGUGCAGUUGCUGGGGUCAUGAUAAGCUGAGUGUCACAUGGUUCCUCUGGAUGGGGUUAAAAUUAAAAAAAUAUGUACUGCAAUACAACUGUAUUCUUCAAAUGUGUAAUUUGAUAGAAAAUCUCUCAAAAUGUGUUGAUAUGUGCAGCUGAUAAUUAAAGACAUAUUACAAUCAUUGUGAAAUAAUGUCCGAACUUGUGUAUUCUUCUAUGACUGUCUGCUUUGAUAGAAUAUGUCGUAGUUUGAAGUGUAUUACCAUACUAUCUAUACCGAGAUGUCCUUCACUCACUGGCCCAGAUUGUCUAUCCAACCACCAAUUGGUCUGUCAGCUGAUUUCAGACAUGACUUCUGAUUGGUCUGUCUGCAGAUUUAAGACAUGGCCUCAGACUGGUCUGUCAGCAGGUUAAGGACAUGGUCUCGGAUUGGUCUGUCAACAGAUUUAAGACAUGACCUCUGAUUGGUCUGUCAACAGAUUUAAGACAUGGCCUCUGAUUGGUCUGUCAGCUGAUUUGAGACAUGGCCUCUUAUUGGUCUAUCAGCGGAUAUUUAUACAAGACUGCAGAUAUCUCUAUCAACAGAUUUGCCAACUCAACACAUCUUGUCUCAGUCUGUGCCGAACUAAAUUGAGACUCCUAGCCAAAACUUGGCUCUUAGCAUCAAUUUCAGAAGAAUUUAGUGUGGUACUAAAUAGAAUAUUACUAGACUCAGGCUUCGGACUAGUGGCCAAAGUCACAGACUGUUGUCUUGUUACUCCUACUCAGGUUACGGCCACACACGAACUGCUGUUUCAGCACCAAGCACUACAGUGGUCGGUGGCUAACCCCCAGCUUCAGCCAAAGAAGGUACCAGUACACAUUGUCUGUGCUGCCAUGUUAUGGAAGUUGUUAAUUAAUAAUCAAUUAUAGAGAGUAUAUUGAGGAACACAUGCAUGUGGUGGGAAGUGUUGGUAGGGGCAUGAUGUCUGUGCAGGUGAUCGUAUACCUAUUGGUACAGUUGUAACGACUUGUGUAUGUACAGUAAUGAUGGUGCAGGAGUUCUGUCCCUUGUGGGACAUGGAUGUUGCAGCAGGGUGAUGAAUGUACAGAGAGUCUUAUGGUGGGGUGGUGAAUGUACAGAAAGUCUUAUAGUGGGAUGGUGGGUGUACAGACAGUCAUAUACUGGGGUGGUAAAUGUAGAGACUGCCUUACAGUGGGGUGGUGAAUAUACAGACUGCCUUAUAGUGGGGUGGUGAAUGUACAGUCUUAUACUGGGGUUAUGAAUGUACAGAGAGUCUUAUACUGGGGAAGAGAAUGUGCUGGCAGUCAUAUGGUGGGGUGGUGAAUGUACAGACAGUCUUAUAGUGGGGUGGUGAAUGAGCAGACAGUCUUAUAGUGGGGUGGUGAAUGUACAGAAAGUCUUAUAGUGGGAUGGUGGGUGUACAGACAGUCAUAUACUGGGGUGGUAAAUGUACAGACUGCCUUACAGUGGGGUGGUGAAUAUACAGACUGCCUUAUAGUGGGGUGGUGAAUGUACAGUCUUAUACUGGGGUUAUGAAUGUACAGAGAGUCUUAUACUGGGGCAGAGAAUGUGCUGGCAGUCAUAUGGUGGGGUGGUGAAUGUACAGACAGUCUUAUAGUGGGGUGGUGAAUGUACAAACAGUCUUAUAGCGAGAUUGUGAAUCUACAGACAGUCUUAUAGUGGGGUGGUUAAUAUACAGACAGUCUUAUUGUGGGGUGGUGAAUGUACAGAGGGGCUCAGAGAAAAAAAGUGACAAUGCAAUUUAUUUAUUUAUUGAAUGUGUAUAUAAAAUAUCAUGCCAUAAUUACUGUGAUUCAGUUGUGUGAUAUUUCAUAAUUUUGUCAGACAUUGAUUUAGUAGAAACUAUAAAUGUAAAUUUGUGUAACCUUGGUUUAUCUGUGGUCCUCUGAAGAAGACUAAUUGUGAAUGUAUUAGAAUGGAACUUUAUUACAUAGAAGCAGGUUAUGGUUUUCCUGCUGGUGUCGGUGGAAAGAGUUGUGUUCAAAUUGUGUCUCGUGGGAAGCCAACAUUAGAUAGCCAACCAAUAUCUUGCCAGAAAUAUCGCAUGUAAUAAUGUGCUCAAGUAACACAUUUCAUACAAACCUUAAUGUUUCUUUACAGCAUUGUCUAUGAAGAAGCAGCUUACACACCAUCAUGUUUGAACACAACACCCUUAUCACAUCACAGUCCAGCCCUAUCCCCUAACAUUUCUACCCUAUCCCCACCACAGUCCAACCCUAUCUCCCUAACAGUCCAACCCUAUCUCCCUCACAGUAAAACCUUAUCACCCUCACAUCCCAACUCUAUCCCCCUCACUGUCCAACCCUAUCCCCUAACAUUUCUACCCUAUCCCCAUCGCAGUCCAACCCUAUCUCCCUCACAGUAAACCCUAUCGCCCUCACAUCCCAACUCUAUCCCUCUCACAGUCCAACCCUAUCCCCUAACAUUGCUACCCUAUCCCCAUCACAGUCCAACCCUAUCUCCCUCACAGUCCAACCCUAUCUCCCUCACAGUCCAACCCUAUCUCCCUCACAGUCCAACCCUAUCUCCCUCACAGUCCAACCCUAUCCCCUAAGCCCAACCCUAUCCCCUCACAUCCCAACCCUAUCCCCUCACAUCCCAACUUUAUCACCCUCACAUCCCAACACUAUCCCCUACACAGUCCAACCCUAUCCCCCACACAGUCCAACCCUAUCCCCCCACACAGUCCAACCCUAUCCCCCACACAGUCCAACUCUAUCACCUCACAGUCCAACCCUAGCACCUCACAGUCCAACCCUAUCCCCCACACAUCCCAAUCCUAGCACCCUCACAUCCCAACUUUAUCACCCUCACAGCCCAACCCUAUCCCCUCACAGCCCAACCCUAUCCCCCCCACACAGUCCAACCCUAUCCCCCACACAUCCCAACUUUAUCACCCUCACAGCCCAACCCUAUCCCCUCACAGCCCAACCCUAUCCCCCCCACACAGCCCAACCCUAUCCCCCACACAUCCCAACUUUAUCACCCUCACAUCCCAACUUUAUCACCCUCACAUCCCAACCUUAGCACCCUCACAUCCCAACCCUAGCACCCUCACAGCUCAAUCCUGCCUACCCCAUUGGUAUGAAUAGGUACGUAGCAAGCUAAGAGGUGACAAUAGCGAAUGGGUGGUCACUGGUUGAUUGUGUGUCAUUGUCCCCUGCCAUUCAGAAUUAUGUACUUCAUAGAUGAGAACGAUGAUCAGCUUUGCCUUAUUUUCUCAAUACAUUUAUUUCUGUCAUGGUAGUUUAUUGACCUCUGCCCUUUGUCCCUGACGUAUAACAAGUGAAACAGAAUAAGUUUGUAGCAAUUUCUGCAAAUUUCAUUGAUGGACAAAUAUGCUUACUUGAUUUGUCAUGUACAUAUGUACAUAUCUAAUGGGAGACUGCUUGUCUGAUCACAUGGACACAGCAGUGAUAGGUAGUGAAUGUCAAGGCCCACAGAUCGAUACAGGAUGGGUACUAAACCAAUGACGUAAUUGGUCUAUAAAUUACAUGUUGCUUAUUGUAGAUGAUGUACUCUGUUGCUAUGGCUGAAGAGGUAUUAGCCACGACAGAUAAGUACCCCAAGACCGUAUCUAUGUAUUACAAUGUACACUAACCCAAAUCGGACAGCACAAAUGUACUGUUCUGGAACUAGGAGUCUGUAUUCCACAGUGGAUAAAAAUGAUUCCCUUUCAUCGUUGGAUUUAGACGGGAUAUACCGUACCCAAGUAAAAUCAAGCAUGAAAUGCCUACAGGACGUCAAGGCUUAAAGAGAGAAAGAUUGAUAAUCGGUAUAAUCGUCAAUGGAAAGAAAUAAUAACAAUUAUCAAUAUGAAAAUUGUGUCAUUGAUAAUAUCUUUGUGAUGAAAUAAAGUUUAGAUUUAUCAUAACAGACUUGGUAUGGUCAAUAAUGUCAAUUGCCGAAAACGGAAAGUAAAUCUUUUGAUAUACAUGUAUCUCACAUGUCCACAAAAUAAUCCUGCACAAAUGUGCCUCCACUCCCAAGUGGAAUGAAAGAUGUUGAAUUCUUUGGGAAUUGUUUUGGCGUAUUUGCUCAAAGUUACUUCUCUGAUAUUUAUCAAUAAUUGAUCAAUAUGUAGUUAAUGAUUAGCGAUCUCGAUGAUCUGUGUCGAUAGCAAGCUCUACAUGAUAUAUUCCAGUUUUGGUUAGGGUACAU